AUGGAGAAUGAUGGGAACCAGAAAAACUGGAUGAACAAGAAGAACAAGAAGAACUGGAUGAACAAGAAGUGCUGGAUAAACGAGAAGAACUGGAUAAAUAUGAAGAACUGGAUGAACAAGAAGAACUGGAAGAACAUGAAGAACUGGAUGAACAAUAAGAACUGGAGAAACGAGAAAAACUGGAUAAACGAGAAGAACUGGAUGAACAAAAGGUUGAAGAAGACGAACUGGAUGAACAAGAAGAACUGGAUGAACAAGAAAAACUGGAUGAACAAGAAAAAACUGAAUAAACGAGAAGAACUGGAGGAACAAGAAGAACUGAAUGAAAAAAAGAACAAGAAGAACUGGAUGAACAAAACAGAAGAUGAACAAGAAGUGCUGGAUAAACGAGAAGAACUGGAUGAACAAAAAGUGCUGGAUAAACGAGAAGAACUGGAUGAACAAGAAGAAUUGGAUGAAAAAGAAGAACUGGAUGAACAAGAUGAACUGGAUGAACAAGAAGAACUGGAUGAAAAAGAAGAGCUAGAUAAACAAGGAGAACUGGAUGAACAAAACAUGAGGAGGAUGAAGAAGAAGAACUGGAUGAACAAAAAGAACUGGAUUAACAGGAAACUCUGGCUGAACAGGAAAGCUUGA